CCUGAGGGCAAGUGUUGGAUGCUGUUUGUGGUCAAUAGAUGUAGCGUCAGCAACUUUUACAUUAGUUCUGAUAUAUUUCCUUCACUGAAGCUUUGUUAAAAUUCCAGAAACGCUUUUGCAUUCUUAUUUAUUAUCGUAAUUCUUCUACCUUUUUUGACUUCAGUGCUGCAAUGCUGUGCUCCAGUGGUGUCGAUUCUUCUUAAUUAUAGUACUUCAGGAAAUAUUUUGCCUGUUAGAUCUCAUGCACAAAAGAGCUAAAUAGUUUUUUAAUGCCGUUGUUAUACACAACCCACCGAGUACCAAAGAAAACUGGGCUCCAGCACAGACUCCUCACACUCGCAUGUCUGGCUCACCUUGCUAAUCUGGUAGCAAUUACAGUAACGGCUUUUCCAUUGAAUGGAUUUAAUAAAGAUGAAUGCUGCUGAUGAAGCUGUUCUAUAAAACCUGUUCUAAGAUCAAAGCUUUUUUUUUUUUUUUGUAGUUUACAUGCAUUAUUAUCUAGUUAAAUAGUAAAGUUUUUUUUUUUUUUAUUGAGAAAACCCAUUGUGCUUGGAUAAUACUGUGUACUGUGCCCACUUGGCAUGCAUUGUCUGAAUAAUUGUGACUUUUAUAGUAUGCUUAUGGUGAUUUUUAAUAAGGAAGAUAAAGUCUUUGUUGGAGAAUCUAGUUUAAGGAUGCAGUAAGGAGCCAAACACAACCAAUCAGGGUGUCCAUCCAUAGCCAGACACCCUGAUAAUCUUUCUCCACCCAUCACGCCACAUACCAUUAUGGUCCUGUGAGAGCGUUCUUGUGCUUCAGCCUCUACCAGGUUAGCAUGGUGCGAGAUCUCGCAGCGACACGACGAAGCAAAACACUAAGCUGGCUACUGCUACGAGGUUUGGAUCUCCAUAGUCCACCAAAGUCUUUUUUCUGUUUUCCUUUUAAUUCAGUAGCGCCUCUAGAAAAGUGGGUCACAAGAAGUGCACAAAGGCUCUCGGUCAGCCUCCCUGACACAGGCCGCUUGGGAAAACAGAGGAGCCUUUCACCGCAUUGUCGAGCAGUCUGACUCAAAAUGUGCAAAAUCUCAAGAAUAGCGUUCGUGUCACAUUGUUUUGUCUUCUGAUCCAUAGAAGCUUAUAGUACGACAAGACAGACCUAUUGUGAAGUUGUCUUUUCCUAAGUAGUUUGUAUUGCUUAAAUUAGCAUGCCUGUGUUUUCUUAGGGACGUUUUGUGGGGGUUUUUAGUUUGUUUUUUUUUUUUGUUUGUUUUUUUGAACUGAUGCUAUCCCAAACCAUUUCACAGAGCAUAAUGAAAACCCUAGAACCCUAAUGGAUGAAAGGGGCAAUGUUUACAGGAUCUUACCCAUCCCUCUCAGAGUGGGCUCCCAGGAAUGCUUGCAGGAGAUGGAGUCCAACCAAAGGGGGAGUGUCACAAAGAAAUGAGACUAUAAAUACACGUCAAGCCACGGAGGCUGCAGCUCUUCAGCACAGCUGGGCUUCACUGGAACACCACAGAGGGCACCUCUGCACAUUUCACCGACUAACUCAAUCUCACCUUUUUCCACUCAGGCACUGCAAAAAGGCUAAAAAAAAAACAUUACAAUCAAGGACUGACUGUAUUGAUUUUCAGAGAUAUUUAAAAAAUGGCAGAGAACCUGCAGAAAAUUGUUGCAUCCAAGAAGGAUGUGGUGGAGAAUGUGAUGGAGGUAUUUGAGCAGGGAGCAGAGGUGUUAGCCAGCAUUGCUGGAGAUCUGUUCCCCGUUUUCUCCAUCGCUGCUCCCAUUGUGAAGAUGGCACUAGAUAACGUGGAGAGCAAAGAAGCGGAAUACAUGAAGGAACAGUUUCAGAAGGUCCGUGAGCGUCUGGAGGUUAUAUCAGAGGAGAUCCAGCGCAUAAACGAUGAGGUGAGGAAGAGUGGUAUGGACGCGGCUUACUUCUCCGUGGAGGAGAAUAUAACCAACCAGUUUCGCAAGUACAUGGACAUCCUCAAUGCCAAGCCAAAGUUUCGAGAGGCAAAGAAGAAACAAUUCUUGGAGCACUUUAGCAAGUCUGGCGGAGACAAAAACUUGCACACGCUUUACGGUGCUGUGACAGGAGAUAGCUUCUCGGGAGAGUCCGUGCUGGAGAUCACGCUCAACUAUGAACAAAAGAGCCGGCGGGCGAUGGAGGACUUCUGCGCCAGACUGAAGCAGUUGUUCUGCAUAGGUCUCAUCGCUUUGAUGGGACACACGGCUCUAAAAGGCGGCGAUGACGAAGAGGAGCUGCUCCGAAACUGGGCCGAGAACAUGAAAGUUGUCCAGUCAAAAAUGAACGUGGUCAUCGAAGACUGCAUCAACAGCUUCCCAAGUCAGGCAGAGAUCGAUAUCAAGCGCCUAGUGAGGAACCACAAGGACAAAAGCAACCAGCAGCUGGCCGACAUGAUCAUCGAGAACCUGAAAGGGAAGUACGACUGGGUGAGCUGGUCAGUCCGUGUCUUUAACUCGCCCAAGGGCUUGUUCACUAGCAAGAAAGACUUCCAGUGUGCCACAGGCAAGAGCAGGUUUCAGGUGCCUUCACCGGAUGAGAAUUUGAAUGUUGUGCUAUCCUACAGUGCCUCUCCUGAACCUCUAGACAAAGCUCAGAUCCAGCAGUUGGUCCAGGACCAGAAGAAAGUCACAGUUCCAGGGAUUGCAGAGCUUAUCUUUGAGAAGACCCCUAUGUGUGUGGUCCAUGCUGUCAAGACGUCAUGCAAAGAAAUGGCUUACUCAUGGAGCUUUCAAGAUGAGCUUCACUACUUUGAGGAGUUCAAGAACGUUUACUUGUUCGUUCAUUCUUCUUAAGACCACAGUUGAGGAUAGCAAACAUAGGACAAGAUUUGUAAUAGAGUGUAAACGUCUUUAUUUACCUUUAAAAGAAUGCUGACUAUUUUCUUAAGCCACUAACCAUGUUAUCAUUUAAUGCUGAAGAUUUUUUAAUGCUGUGUGAUUGAACACUUAGAUUAUUUGAAUAUCAAUCUUUGCCAAUUAUAAACACUGCAUUUGCAGUUUUUGAAAAGUGCACUAUGAUUCGUAUCUCAGUUGUAUCUUUGGGUAAUUUUAAGUGUCUUGGGGCAAAAAUUUCUUUAGCUUCAUGAAGGUUAUUAGGCCACCCUGAAAUGAAUCAGUAUCAGGAUCUAAUGAAUGGAUGCAACAAUGCUGAAAAAUCUUUGUUUUGUUUUUGUAACAGCCUUAUUUUUUUUUCCAUUGUAUUUCAAAAUUUCACAAAGACGUCUCCAUAUCUACAGCUGUGUGUCCCUGAGCGUAUGAUAUGGUGUGUUUACCCUCACAGAGUUGGAUUCUUAAGGACACAAUCAGACCUUGAAUUACUGCGUUUCAACAAAACCUGGACAUGUAAGAACAUGUCAUGAAGGGAAAAGAAUUGUUUCCUUAUGAGCCCUUUCCAGCCUGUUGGACUGUCACAGGUUUUUUUCCCCCCCCUUUGAUACUAAUUAAACUAUGCCUCCAGUUUAACUUAAAUAAUAUAGUGUACAAAUAUAGUGUAUCAAUAUAGUUCAUCCUGAACUGAGAUAUACAAAUAAGAUGCUACGUUUUAGCAGGACAUGGUUUAAAACCAUCACAGAAAGGAGUACACCAUUCUUAUCUGUCUUCUUAUCCAAAACAACCAUUCAGACAUUUAACACUGAUAAACGAUGGUCAUGUGAUUUUUAGUUCAACACGCUGCUGACUUUUUAUUCUUACCAAGCAGCUUAGGGGACAUUUUCUUUCCAUUUCACUACAAAAUUACACAUGUAUUAAGUUUUUGGUUAUAAAUUCAAUUAAUGACACUAUAGCAAUAGGCAUGCAUUGUAAUUUUUGCCUCCUAAAGUGGCCAAUAUAUAUAUACACAUAUUUGCAUUAAAGGAAACACCUUACUUUAUGUCAAAGGGAAUCGGAAUUCCAUUUGAGACUGAUUCUGGGUUUAUUUGUUAUACCAAUCAGAUUCAGCAAGUUUUAGCAAGUAAUCUGAGCUAGUUGAGCAGGUUGAACACCUGAAAUGCACCUUUUGAUGAAUUGCCAAAACAUCUACGCUUCAAACUGGGUCUCUUACAUUUGUUUUUCUUUCUUAGUCGCUAUUAAAAGUUUUCUUAUUACUUUG